AUGACCUUUGACAACCCAAGAGGCCUGGUUACUGGAACACUAAAGAACAAUGGUCAUGCUCCGACUCUGGAAAUUGAUGAGGACAAAGGAACAGCAACACUUGAAGGAGGUGCCAAGGAUGGUACUUACACUCUGAAACAGUUCCAUGUUCACUUUGGCUGUAAAAACAAUCGAGGAUCUGAGCACACGGAAAAUGGAAAACGUUAUUCUGGGCAGGUAAUGAAACUUUAAAAUGGAUGUAUGGAUUUCUAGUCAAAAGUGAACUUAUCUUGAACUUCUCUCGAUCAUGACACUUCUUAUUUUACCUUGUGAAAAUGCCUUACCCAUGCGAUCAGCAUUCGGUCAAGUCCAUAUGCCUUAGGCUUAAGUGUUACAAAUCUAGGGCGUAACUGUAACUAAGCCAAAAAGGCUAGAGGAGGUUAUGGAUGGCUAAAACUGUAAUACGUUGAAAGCACGAAAUUUAGUGCAAUUUUUUGUUAAAAUCAAGCUUAAAACUCUUAAGUUGAAGGUAAAUGUUGAAAUGAUACAUUAGGCUGGAACUAAGAAAUCCUCUUUCUUCUCCUUCUUUUUCCAGCUCCAUUUGGUAUUCAAGGAUGCUAGUGGCGAGGUUUCCGUUGUUGCUCUGUGGCUCAAGGUAUAUUGUGUCAAUAUAGCAUUGUACGCAUGCUCCGAUCAAUUGCCAACCGUUGUUCGGAAGGAGCAAAGGCAGGACUGAAACGGCAGAAAUAAAAUCUGAAAUUUAAAAACACUAUCUGCUCGCUUGAGCUAUACCAGCUCUUAAUAUUAGGGAAGACAAUCUCCCGAGCCUGAGGAUUAUAAAAUUAGUGUUUGAUUUGCUAAAAAAAAUAAGGAUUAGGAACGCCUAAGGCCAAGAAAAAUAAAAACAAAGAGAUCUAAAUGAUCUACAGACUACAUAUAUCUGUAAAAUUGAUCGGUCAAGUUUGGAAGGUAAUUUUGAUAUAAGGUAAGAUUAUGGUUUAUACAAAAUGUGUAAAAUGUGUUUUUAUUUGAAUUGUUUCUUGAAGAAGCAAAAUAAGGUGGGUGGGUUAUAUGUGAGUGUACAGUUUUAAAAGUUACUCGAAGAAGCAGCAGCUGACCAACGCUCUUGUCGUUCUAUCUAGGCCUCUAGUAAAGGUAACAAGAUAUUAGGAAGGUUUGCCAAAUUGCUACCAAAAAUAAUUGAAGUUGGUAAGUAACAUUUCUGUAUAUCCAUUGAAUUCCGAAAAAUGGCGAUUUUAAUUUCUCAUCAUGGCUAGACGUUCUGAAACGCACGAUUUUCGUAUAUUCAUAUGCUAUCGAUCAGCUUAUCAUGUCUCCUUUAUCUAGUUAGCAUUAUACUUACAAAAUUCGACUAACCGAUAGCUCUUCAUUUAAAUCUCAUUUUGCCCAUGACGUCCUCACACCUUGCCGUCAUCUUAGACAUUAACAUCGACUUUCUUCCUCUCACACGAUCACUGAAAAGACUUCCACUCCAUAUGAGCUUUUAAAUUCAAAACUGCAACCCCUAUUAGGAAUCUUUUUUGCACCUAUACUCGUCGAAUCAAUCGCUUUUUGCUACAUUUUUCUUUUCUGGCCGAAUGUCAUCCUGUUUGAGUUUGAGCAUUCUGUAGAACACCGUAGAGGGAGAACGUCUUUUCCUACUUGUGAACGAAUCCUGAUAACCCCAGAAAACAUGAAGAGAAUAAAAAAGCUAUGAAAUUUUUCAUUUCAGAUACAGACACACCGGUGGAUGAGUCUGACAAAAUUCGCCUUAUGGACCUUAUUCCAAACAAAAAUUAUCAUCGUGGAGACAACGGAAACGGCAACGGAAAUGACAACGGAAACGGAAACGGAAAUGGCAAUGGCAAUGGCAACGGCAAGGGCAAUGGUAACGGUAACGGUAACGGUAACGGUAAUGGCAACGGAAACGGCAAUGGCAAUGGAAACGGAAACGGAAAUGGCAAUGGCAACGGCAAUGGCAAUGGCAAUGGCAAUGGCAACGGCAAUGGCAAUGGCAACGGUAACGGUAACGGUAAUGGCAACGGAAACGGCAACGGCAAUGGCAAUGGAAACGGAAACGGCAAUGGCAAUGGAAACGGCAAUGGCAAUGGCAAUGGCAACGGCAACGGCAAUGGCAACGGCAAUGGCAACGGCAAUGGCAACGGCAAAGACAACGGAAACGGUUUGCAUAAGUAUCCAAAAGAUGAUAAGGUCCUAAUACUGUCAGACUAUUAUCAUUACAAAGGUUCUCUCACCACUCCUCCCUGCUGUGAAACUGUGAUGUGGUAUGUCUUGAAACCCAAAGUUCCUAUAUCGAACUAUCAGGUAAUUAUAAAUUAAAAAUGCACAUUGGCGUAUCUUGUAUUUUGAUGAGCUAAUAAUUCGUUUACAAUAAGCCCUCUGUUGGGUUUUACGUCGAUAUUUUGCAUAGACAGUUCUCUUCUUUUUCCUAAAGCCUUAUUAUGAAAAUUCAGUCACACCAAGGAAAUACCUCCAAUUUCAAGUUGCCUUUCACCACCUCUUUGGAGCCCAAAAUCCUUUAAAAAAAAUUCCAUAUUAUUUCCCCGGUGCAUUGAAUUAACAACUGGGGUUUACUUCCACAUUUUUUAGGUCCUGGUUUACCAACUAGAUAAAAACGACAAAAAACAUACACUUUUAACUCGUGGAUACACGUAGCGUAGAAACGAGUUGUUGUGGGCACUUUAGGGACAUGAAAAUUGCGUGGACUCUUCGUAAUCUCUCCUUCCGAAGAAGUCCGCAGUCCUGACAUCAUUGUGAUUGCAUCGAUCGUUGCGAUUUUUAUUGUCUUUACAUGGCUGUUUCGAAAUUUACUAAAUUGAGAUGGACUUCGAAUUUUUCAGAUUAGUGUUAUGAUCAACUUAAAGACCAAAUUUGAAGUUGUUUUGAUCACUCGACGAUCUUUUUCUCUCAAAACACACGACGGCUUCCUAUUUCAAGGAAUGCUUUUCCUAUUAAUUUUUAUGGCAUCCGUGUAAAAAAAUACAAGCAUAUGCGUGUAUUGAAAAACAAAAGGGAAAUUCAAAACUACAGGAAAUUGCGAGUAAUCGGCCUCUUCUGCUACACGCGGGUUUUUUUUGGUGUUACAUGCGUGUGUUUCCCAUAAGUUAAAAGCACUUCACGCACGUGGGAAUGCUGCAAUCACGAUAUAAGCAGUGCAAAGUAGAAUGUCAACCUGGUGUGAUUAUGUACGAUAUUUUGCUUCAUCACUGUUUGUCAUUUCUACCACUUAAAUAUUGAUUCAGAGAGGGGGGGAGGGGGGGAAGUAAAAGUCAAAAUUCCUAGGCUGGAUAGGGUCCCAUUUUCAUGACUACGUUGAAUUUUAUGGCGUUGCAUUUUUUUUGCUAUUUUCAAUAGAGUUACUAGAAUGGGGUUACACAUUUUUGAGAUUUUAGGCGUAAGAAAAUUAAGGUAUUAAUUCAUAAAGAGGAAGAUUCAUGGUAAAAAAGUUGUUACCGUAUUUUAAUUUUUAAUAAAUGGCUCCCAUUCCAUUCCGGUCGGACAAAGAUGGGGUCUAUAAUUGGCCACAAUACAGCAGAGGUUCUAAGAAGCCAGCUACCCAUACCCAGCAAAAAAUUACCCAUGUAUCCCCCCUUGGGGGGGUUUCCAACACAUACUCGAGUGCUAUAAUUUCUAUACUUGCAAUGGUUCCACUUUCUAUCUUUUUUUAACUCCUUAGUUUAUUGAUAGCAACUUUACAAGUACAUAUCUCUUGAAUACUUUAUCCACGAGUUGGUCACAGGCGCCCUUUGAUUUCUAUUUGUAAACUCAGAUUGAGCGGUUGUUAUACGAAGAUGUUUUUUUUAAUUUAUAGCUCAAACUGUUCAGGAAGUUGAAAGGUGAAUACCCAAGAAAGCCUCCGAAAAUGUGUGACAACUACAGACCAUUACAGCCGUUGAACGACCGCAAGGUUUGGUUUGUCAAAAACAAGAAAGACUGAUAUGGAACGUUCCACUCUAUCAAGGCCUAGAUUGACUGACUGACUCCGAGUACCUGAAAUUUGACUCGCCAC